CUCAGAGAUAGAUGAAGUUGAUCUGGUAAUAUUCAGCUCCUGAUGGUUGUAAAGUAUUGUCGGCUGGCAGGUUUGGUUGCUUUGCUGUUCGCCGCCGUUAUAGUACAUCAAGCAUCCUGCAAGAAAGUAUGUUAUGGUAAGUAUGGAUGCUUCAGCGAUGAUCCACCAUUCACYCGUCCAYUAGUUCCACUGCCUCAACACCCUGAUGAGAUCGGUCUAUCGUAUCGUGUGAUGACCAGACUGGAACCAAUGGGGGACAAGCCUAUAAAUGAUCAUGACGUCACUCUUCUCAAGUCCUCCAGAUACAAUGGUAGAAAAAGAACGGUUAUUAUUGUCCAUGGGUGGMUUGCCAAUUCAGCGAAGCAAUGGCAGUUAGAAAUGGGUAAAGCACUUAUCACCAGAGAAGACGUCAACGUGAUUCUCGCGAGUUGGAGGGAAGGAGCUCGUGAAUUCUACACGACAUCAGUGGCCAACACACGACUAGUAGGUGCUCAGAUAGCGGAACUUAUUAAGUUUCUGAACACCAACACACACAACACUCCAGCGUCAUUCCACGUGAUCGGCUUCAGUCUUGGUGCCCACAUCGCUGGUUACGUUGGAAGAAGACUUCAACGCAUCAAACUGUCCCGUAUUUCAGGUCUCGACCCAGCUUCACUUUAUUAUAAAGACGAGCACCCGGAUGUGAGACUGGACCCUAGUGAUGCAAGCUUCGUUGACGUUAUACACACUAACUCGCCAUUGGUCGGAACGCCUUCAAAGUGUGGUCAUAUUGACUUCUGGCCUAACGGCGGCGAGUUUCAACGUGGAUGCUCAUUGUCUGAUAUUUUAGAUGGUGUCAACAUUGUCAAGUGCCAUCAUCAUCGCGCCAGACAUUUCUACACUGACUCUAUCAUGUCCUCAACUUCAUUCCAGUCCUAUCCUUGCUCAAACUGGGACCAGUUUACACGCGGUAACUGCAUAUCGUGUGGUACUGGUAAUGAGUGUCCGGAAAUGGGAUACAAUGCWAUCAAAUAUCAAGGAAAGAACAAUGGUGAUUUCUAUCUCUACACAAAUGAUGACAGUCCUUACGCCGUCCAUCGUUAUUUACUGAUAACUUUCAAGACGCGUAAAGGUUGGCUGGGCGGUGGGCACAACCCAAGGAUUCGUAUCCAUGGCGACAAAGGAAACAGUGGUAAAAUCAAACUUGGAUCACGACAUCUUAAAGAAGGCAGCACCGAGACAUUUAUUGCUCCUCUUAAUGCCGACUUGGGAACCCUGCGUAGUAUCGAUGUUUGGCACUUUAACAAACUGGCACCCGUUGAUGGCUGGCGGUUGGAAAAAGUGUCCAUAAAAUUUGUUGGCAGCAAUGAAAGGUACACAGCCUGCUAUGGUUACUGGUCAGUGGUUUUCUUUGUACCAAAUAAUGAAAAACUGGUGAAAGGCGACACUUCCUGCUAAUGAGCAAAUACACACUGCGAGACUAAUAAAUAUAUGUUAACCUAAAUUAAAUAAAUUAACUUUAACUCAAAAUAAAUAAACACUCACCCAAAAUAAAUAAAYUAUUACAUCCAUGGGGAUGUCAAACUAAACCAACAGCGCUUUGUUUUCAUUUUUGACAUGAGUUGUUUUGUAMKUCAGUCGGCCUCGUGGCCUGAUGACGAUAUCUACGGUUUCACCGUGACCUAUAUGACAAAAUUAAAGACUGUAGUACUUAGUUCAGUUCGGUAAGAAAUUAAGAUGUAAUAAAGAUUUACAUUAUUUA